AUGGAACUCCUAUCGGAAGAAAUUCACACGGAAAACAACAAACAAUCUGUCAACUGGAAAAUCAACAAGUUACGAUGGAAAAAUCCGCCUGUCACGCCUCUCGGUCCCGAUCACAAGUACCAAGAUGUCUGUCUCCCGGCUCAGUACAAAGAUUUCGCCGUUAAAAUCAGAAAUUUUGAAGUUCGCCCCGAUGACGUCUUUGUCUUUGGAUAUCCCAAAAGCGGCACCACAUGGACUCAAGAGAUGGUCUGGCUCAUAAAUAACAAUUGUGACUUCCGAAAAGCUAAAAAAGUGUCUCAACUCUUCCGUUUCCCGUUACUUGAGUUACUUGCCAUGGUUCCGUCACCACAAAAUAGCGCCGAUUUGUUCGACGAAAUUAAUAAAUUGCCAUCGCCGCGUCAUUUGAAGUCACAUUUACCAAUCAGUAUGUUGCCGGAAAAAUUGUGGGAUGUAAAACCGAAAAUUGUGCAUAUCACGAGGAACCCUAAGGAUGCAGCGAUUUCUUUGUAUCAUCAUUACGUGCAUUUGCAUGGAUAUUUGGGGACAAAAGAGGAGUUUUUGAAUCUUUAUUUGGAAGGACAUGUCUUUUAUGGGCCUUUUACGACACAAAUUAAUGAAUUUAUGCAGUUGAAAGAGGCGAAUAAGGUGCCGUUCAUUCAUUUUAUUAAUUAUGAAGACAUGCGAAAGGAUUUGAGAGCAGUCAUUAGAUCUACGGCGAAAUUUUUGGAGAAAGAAAUAACGGAUGAACAAGUUGAAGAACUUUUUAAACAUUUGCAAGUUGAUGAAAUGAGGAAUAAUCCGUCGUGUAAUCAGGAUGACUUGGUUUUUAUGUCUUCGACGCUUUUUAAUUCGCCGGAUCCGAAUUUUUCAUUUAUUCGACGGGCAAAAGUCGACGCUUUCAAAGAUGAAAUGUCGGAUGACAUUCAAGGCAAAUUUGAUGACAUAAUUGUGCAAAAGAUGGGAGGCCUCAAUAUUUAUGCGAACGAAAAACGAGGAACUGGGCGAUAA